GCAGGGACAAUGGCGGCCUUAACACGGUGGCUGCCAGGACACUUCCACACGCUGGUGCUGAUGGCUGCGGUUCUGCCAGAAGCCUGUUGUGUGUGGGUGAACAGGAGCCUGCAACAAGAGAUGCAGACGCUGGAGUUGUUGCUGCGGCCGGACCGCUACGAUCCACAGGUGCGCCCGCCCGGCAUCACAGGUGCCAACCCCACCAUAGUGAGAGUCAACCUCUUCGUCCGCACGCUUACCAAAUUUGAUGAUCAGAAUAUGGAAUUCGAAACGCAGAUAACGUUCAAGGAACAGUGGACGGACGCGAGGCUAAAAUUCAACGACUUAGGAGGUAAACUGAAGUACCUCACGCUAACUGAUACUAAGAGGAUAUGGAUUCCAGAUGUGUUCUUCGUUAAUGAGAAGAAAGCAUAUCAUCACAACGUCGUCACACCUAAUGUCUAUAUACGGAUAUUUUCUUAUGGUACUGUGCUUUUCAGUACAAGAAUCUCGAUGACGCUGUCCUGCCCAAUGGAUCUCAGGAGGUACCCACAUGACGUCCAAGUGUGCUCCCUAAUGAUGGGAUCCUAUGGUUGGAAGACUGAUGACGUGGUGCUCCUGUGGAAAGACGGCGACCCUGUGCAGAUCAUGAGCAACCUACACCUGUCGCUCUUCACUCUUGAGAAGUUCCUCACGGACUACUGCAACACCGCGACGACCACAGGAGACUACAGCUGCCUGAAGGUGGAGCUGCUGCUGCGGCGGGAGUUCAACUACUACAUGAUCCACGUGUACCUGCCGUCGUGCAUGCUGGUCAUCAUGUCGUGGGCGUCGUUCUGGCUGGACCGCGGCGACACCGCGUCCCGCCUGUCGCUGGUGGUGGCCGCGCUGCUCAUGCUGGCCGUGCAGGUGUCGCGCGUGUACGCCUCGGUGCCGCAGGUCGCCUACACCAUGGCCAUCGACGUCUGGAUAGGCGGCUGCUUCACCUUCGUCUUCACCGCGCUGCUGGAGUCGACGCUGGUGAGCCACGCGAGCCGUUCAGACCUGCUGCGGGAGAUGAAGGAGCGCGGCCAGCUGCCUCGUAUGGCCACGGACACGACGCUGGACGACACCAGCCUAACGUCUCCUAAGCUGGGCCCGUUGUUGGAAAGCGCGACCUUCGCGAGCCACGUGGCCAGCUCAGAGCUGCUUCUGCAGAAGAGGCGGCAGCUGGCUGCGGACUUGCCCUCUGUGCACAGCAACCCAGCGGCCUCCGAGAAUCAGUACAUCGCGAUGGUGGAGACGAGGCGUUCAGACACUGCGCAAGAGAGGACGAAGGAGCAGGUUCACCAACCUUGUGCAGUUGCGGCCCUGACCGUGGAGGACAGCAGCGCCGCGUCCAGCAAGGAGGCAGCAGCGAAUCAACCUGGCGCAUCUGUGAUGAGUAGUGUGGGGCCAACCAAACCAGAGAAGCAGCACGGGCGAGAGGCGGUGUCGAGUAAGGAGUGCGAGAUCCAGGCUGCGCCGCCGGCACACAGGAGCGCUGCAGACCUACAGUCCGAUGUUGGCAGCGAGGAGGCGGCCGAGCCCCGCAGGCCCAACCUGAACCUCCUGUCCUCGGGCAGUGCCGGCAGCCUGCUCCAGGCCAGGGCUGCCAACUGCUGCUGCUGCGUCUUCCUUGCCAAGUUCCCCUCCCGCGCUACGCGCAUAGACAUCAUCUCUCGAAUCACCUUCCCAAUCGCCUUCACCCUGUUCAACUGUUUCUACUGGUACACCUACUUAUUCACUGAGGAGGAACCUUAA